AUGACUUUCUAAAUCUUUAUUUUACAAAAGAUUUAAAAUCACAUUUACCUUUUGGCGAUUAUUACUGGGACUCCUAAAAUUUUGUACUUAACCAACCAAUUUAGAAAAUUUGAAAGUAAAAAUAAUUAUACAAAGGAAAUAAAAUUAACUAUGAUGAGCAAAAUAAUUCAAUAAUUAAAAAAUAAUUAAUAUUAGUUCAAAAGCAAAGCUUGCUAUAACAAAACAGAUAGCAAUAAUAUUAAAUAGAAAAUGUUAAGAGAAAAAAAAUUGCAAAACAAAAAAUAAGGAGUUGGAGCAGAGAAAGUUAUGCAAUUUGGAUAAUCUUUAAUAGAGUCAUUAUGGUAGUUUCUAAAUAAUAAUUUCGCUUUGAUUUGA